AUGAAGCUUACGUUCAGAGAUCUCAAACAGCAGAAGUUCACCAUCGAAGCUGAGCCAACCGAAACAGUUGGCCAGGUCAAGGAAAAGAUUGCCCAGGAAAAAGGAUGGGAGGCUUCUCAACAGAAACUGAUUUACUCCGGUGAGUCUCUGCAAGCGAAAAAGCCGCCAAAGGCCGCACCCUCCGGAGGACCGUCAACACCGGCCAAGGUUGCCCCAGCAGCCACUCCUGCAGCUCCCGCUCCCUCUACUGCCCCUGCCGCCCCCCAAGUACCAUCUACACCUUCUCCAGCUGGUCAAGCUGGUCAAGCAGCGUCGACUGCGGACCCCGCCGCCGACCCCACAACCUUCAAUGACCCGUCCGCUUUGGCCAUGGGCCCCCAGGGCGAUGCCGCCGUCACUCAAAUGGAAGCUAUGGGCUUUCCCCGCGCUGACAUUGAACGUGCAAUGAGGGCUGCCUUUUUCAACCCAGAUCGUGCCAUCGAGUACCUUCUCAAUGGUAUCCCAGAAGACAUUCAGCAAGAGCAACAACAAGCCCGGGCGGCGGCAGCUUCUCCCGAAGCUGGAGAUGCCUCUCCAGCUGCCCACGUGCCUGCAACAACCGGUGGUGAAGAGCCAGUGAAUCUAUUUGAAGCCGCAGCACAGGCUGGUCAAGGUACUGGAAGUCGCGGAGCUCGUUCUGGUGGUGCUGGUGCUGGUGCUGGGGAAGCUGGAGGGUUGGGCAAUCUCGAUUUCCUUCGAAACAAUCCUCACUUCCAACAACUACGUCAGCUUGUCCAACAACAACCGCAGAUGUUGGAGCCUAUUCUCCAACAGGUUGGAGCUGGAAACCCACAAUUGGCCCAACUCAUUGGACAAAAUCAGGAACAGUUUCUUCAGCUUCUGUCAGAAGAUAUUGCCGAGGAAGGCAAUGAGCUUCCCCCGGGUACUCACGAAAUCCGUGUUACAGAGGAAGAGCGUGAUGCUAUUGAGCGACUUUGCCGUCUUGGUUUCUCUCGAGACUCAGUAAUUCAGGCUUAUUUUGCGUGUGACAAGAACGAAGAACUGGCCGCCAACUUCUUGUUUGAACAACCUGACGAGAACGAUGAACAAUGA